AUGAUCUUCCUGCUCGCCCUCUUCGCCAGCAUCUUCCAAGCAGCUUACACCGGCGUCAACGAACGCACCUUCCUCGCCAUCAAACCCGACGGGGUGCAGCGGCAUCUGGUGGGCGAGAUCGUCAGGCGCUUUGAGAGGAAGGGCUUCAAACUGGUGGCCAUGAAGCUCAUGCAGGCCUCGGAAGACUUGUUGAAAGAGCAUUACGCGGAGCAUCGGGAACGCCCGUUCUACAUCCGCCUGGUGAAGUACAUGAGCUCCGGCCCCGUCGUGGCAAUGGUCUGGCAAGGACUGGACGUGGUGAAAAUGGCUCGCACCAUGAUCGGAGAAACCAACCCUGCGGACUCCAAGCCCGGGACCAUCCGAGGAGAUUUCUGCCUCGACGUCGGCAAGAACGUGGUUCACGGCAGCGAUUCAGUAGAGAGUGCCCGGCGCGAGAUCGCCCUCUGGUUCCGCAAAGAUGAAACGCUCUGCUGGGAGGACAGCACGGAACGCUGGAUCUACGAGUAG